GGAAGAGGAGAAGAAGGAGGAGACGCUGUUGCCGCUGCCGCCGCCUCCUCACCCGCCAGUCCCCGCCGGCCCAUCAGCGAGGAAGUGCCUGUCCAGCCUCCGCCGCCUCGUCCUCCGCGCCUCACAGCUGCCCUGCUCGGUCUCCGCAGGCGCCACCAUGUGCGGCAUCUUUGCUUACCUGAACUACCACGUUCCCCGGACAAGACGGGAGAUCCUGGAGACCCUCAUCAAAGGGCUUCAGCGACUGGAGUACAGAGGAUAUGACUCUGCUGGAGUUGGAAUUGAUGGAGGCAAUGAUAAAGACUGGGAGGCCAAUGCUGGCAAAAUUGCACUGAUCAAAAAGAAGGGGAAAGUGAAGGCUUUGGAUGAAGAAGUGAACAAACAACAGGAUAUGGACCUGGACAUUGAGUUUGAUGUGCAUCUUGGAAUUGCCCAUACCAGAUGGGCCACCCACGGCGAGCCCAGUCCUGUCAACAGCCACCCACAGCGAUCAGAUAAAAACAAUGAAUUUAUUGUUAUCCACAAUGGCAUUAUUACAAACUACAAAGACCUGAAGAAAUUUUUGGAAAGCAAAGGUUAUGAAUUUGAGUCUGAGACUGAUACCGAGACAAUUGCUAAACUUGUCAAGUACAUGUAUGACAACCGUGAAAGUGAUGAUAUCAACUACAGCACAUUGGUAGAAAGGGUCAUCCAGCAGCUGGAAGGUGCAUUUGCCCUUGUAUUCAAAAGUGUUCACUAUCCUGGUCAAGCAGUUGGAACCAGGAGAGGAAGCCCGCUGAUCAUUGGAGUGCGGAGUGAGCACAAGCUUUCUACAGACCACAUUCCAAUACUGUACAGAACAGCCACACAACCUAUGGAUCAUUCUAUUGAUGGAAUAUCCAUAAAAAUGGAGGAAGGCAAAGACAAGAAGGGGAGUUGCAGCCUUUCCCGGGUGGACAGCACUACCUGCCUCUUUCCUGUCGAGGAGAAAGCGGUGGAGUACUACUUUGCAUCGGAUGCGAGUGCAGUUAUUGAGCACACCAACAGAGUGAUUUUUCUGGAGGAUGAUGAUGUGGCAGCUGUUGUGGACGGCCGUCUCUCCAUCCAUCGAGUCAAGCGCACAGCGGCCGAUCAUCCUAGUCGCGCUGUCCAGACCCUACAAAUGGAGCUCCAGCAGAUUAUGAAGGGUAACUUCAGUUCAUUCAUGCAGAAGGAAAUUUUUGAACAACCAGAAUCCGUUGUCAACACCAUGAGAGGAAGAGUCAACUUUGAUGACUACACAGUGAAUCUUGGGGGUUUGAAAGAUCACAUCAAGGAGAUCCAAAGGUGUCGGCGUCUCAUCCUAAUUGGUUGCGGAACUAGCUACCAUGCUGGAGUUGCAACACGUCAAGUUCUGGAAGAAUUGACUGAAUUGCCUGUCAUGGUAGAACUUGCCAGUGACUUUUUGGACAGGAACACUCCAGUCUUCAGAGACGAUGUCUGCUUCUUCAUCAGCCAGUCAGAAGUAAUGAGUUCGGCAUGCUUAGAACCAGACAUGUGCAAGUUAUCCGGGGCAAAAUGUGAGACAGCAGACACUCUGAUGGCCCUACGGUACUGCAAGGAGAGAGGAGCCCUGACUGUAGGAAUCACAAAUACUGUGGGGAGCUCCAUAUCUCGCGAGACAGACUGCGGGGUUCACAUCAAUGCUGGACCAGAGAUUGGGGUUGCCAGCACAAAGGCCUACACAAGCCAAUUUGUGUCGCUAGUGAUGUUUGCGCUCAUGAUGUGCGAUGACCGGAUCUCCAUGCAAGAAAGACGGAAAGAAAUCAUGCGAGGCCUCAAGUUAUUGCCAGACUUGAUCAAAGAAGUCCUGAGCAUGGAUGAUGAAAUCCAGAAACUGGCCACAGAGCUUUACCACCAGAAGUCAGUCCUCAUUAUGGGCCGUGGUUAUCACUAUGCGGCAUGCCUGGAGGGCGCUCUGAAAAUAAAAGAAAUCACCUACAUGCACUCGGAAGGCAUUCUGGCCGGUGAGCUGAAGCAUGGGCCCCUUGCCUUAGUUGAUAAACUGAUGCCUGUCAUCAUGAUCAUCAUGAGGGACAGCACAUACACCAAGUGCCAGAACGCCCUGCAGCAAGUCAUUGCCCGGCAGGGUCGGCCUGUUGUGAUUUGCGAUAAGGAAGAUGUUGAGACCAUCAAAAACAACAAACGGACCAUCAAAGUCCCCCACUCCGUGGACUGUCUGCAGGGGAUCCUCAGCGUCAUCCCUUUACAGCUCCUGGCUUUUCAUCUUGCGGUACUCAGAGGCUAUGAUGUUGACUUUCCAAGAAAUCUGGCCAAAUCUGUUACAGUUGAGUAGCAUACUCUGUCAUUAAUGCUUUGGCAGAUGUCAGCAAGAGACACUCUCUUUUGGUACUGGGACACAUUGAUUUUAAAAGUUCUUCCUUGAUCAAAUCUUAAUCCCCUGUUCAAGAGUCUUUAUAAUUGUUACAUUUGUGACUGUUAAAUGUUGAAUCCACAGGCUAUGCCAGCAACAUUGUUAAAUGAUGAUCAUUUCAAGGUACAGUUUUUUUUUCCUCUUUAAAAAGUCAUAACCCUCCUUUGUUGUCUAGCUGGAUUGUUUCAGGCCUCCAUAGUGCUGAAUUGCAUAAUUGUCUAAGUAUCUAUAAGGCAUGCAGGCUUGUAAGAUCUUUCAAGAAUGGAAAUGGGAAACAAGAAGGUAGUUCUGGAAAUUUUAAGAACAGAGUGAGACGCUAGGGCUGUGCUCUGCCACAGGAAACCAACUUUCCCCAUCCUGCAAGGAUGUUCACUGUCAAUGCCUAAAGAGGAAAGAGCCCUGGUUGGUUGCUCCUGUAGAGUGUAGACUGAGGUGGAGGCCACUUUGUGCGUUCAUUUUUCUUAAUGGCAUAAAGUCACCAGAAGGUGGGUCACUUCCCCUUGCCUCUUUCACAACAUAGUAAAGACAUUCCUCACCAUAUAAGGAAUGCAGUCAGAAGAGAGAACUGCACCCCAUUUUUACCUACUGGAGGAUGAAAAAUUGGGUGACCCUUGGGUGAGAGAAGACACAACUGAGGUCUGUACCGGUUGCCACUAAUGUUAUUCCCAGCAUCUUCUCUGAAGAAUCAGUCCAUUUUAUUUGGAGGGUAGCUCUUCAAUGAAUGACCCCAAUUCUAUUAAUGUGAACAGGUCCCACAUAAACAUGUGGAGGUCAAGCUGCUAUUUUCUAGAGGUUAGGGGCAGAUGGUGAAACUAGGGCUGAGCUGAAGUGGGAGAGGGCAGGUGGUGUGAACAUGCUCUGUGCGAAAGCCUUUGCCUGCUGCAAAAAGCAGCCACCCCUUGGCAUUUUGGGAGGGGCCUAUGAAUAGGGGCAAAAAGUGUUUGUCAUUUUGUAAAAGCAAAUGCAUCCUUUGUUGUCGUCCACCUAGGCCAAUUUGACCUAUUUUUCAGCACCGAGUUAUUAAUAAUAAUUGUUGGCAAUGAAUCCAGCAGACUGCAGAACGGGAAGAUGGAGGCGGAAUUUUACUCCACUUGAGUAAACAACACAGAGAUGUCUUCCUUCUCUCUUCUCUAGCUCUGCAUGAAAAAACCUUUGAGAAAUGAAGCAGCCAUGUGUUCUGCAUAGUAUUAAGUUUGUAAUGAAGGUAGUGAGAAGGGGCGUAAGAGAACAUGCAAUACAAUAUGAAGACCAAAGAUGAGCUUCAACGCCAGACUGGUGUACUAGGGCUGAACAGGUUUGGAAACCAUUGAUGGAGCAAACAUAGAUGGCAAAAAUCCAAGUUAUCUGAAUGAGCAGCCUCCCAAUUCCCUUGUCCUUAGGUGAUGAGACAGAGAUGACACCAGAGGGCUGUGAAUAAGCUUCCUUUCUGAGGACGCUUUCACAGUUUUAUUUCAAGGGCAGAAGAACUGGAAUGUACAAAAGCUAAGAAAUAUGGCAAAUAAGCCAAUUUGCAGAGCUCAGUACAAAACCAGCUUCUCUGCAUCGCCUUUCAUCAGUUGAGAAAAAAAUGUCCUAAUAGAGAGGAUUUAGGGAUACUAUGAUGGGGGGGGGGACAGCAGUUGUGUGACCCUCUUGGCCUGCCUAAGAACAAUGGGAUGAUGGUGUGUCUUGAGUAUUCAGAAAGCCUUGCACCCUGAUGCUCAGCUUCUCUUGUGCUCAUCAUAAAGGUUUAAAGUGGCCCAUAAUUGCCAUUGAACAUUGUAGAGUUGCGAAGUAUUGCAUUAAACAAAAGUCCUUACCUUGCCAGCGGUUACGCAAUGUCAGGAGGGGCAGCGGUUUUCUUUCAGUGGAUAUGUGUCUGAACUGCCUGCCGUGCAGUGUAAAGGGAAAGGAAGGGCUGCUGGAAGAGGUUUCACUCCACUUGUGACUUGGGCUACUUUACAUAGAUGUAGAGCACCAGCGUGCAGGGCAGAAGGGCUUAGCGUUACUUCCAGCCCCUACGGUACAAGUUCUAACUGAUGUGGAAAGGUCUGCGCUCUCUUCCUGUGCAAGUUUCCAUGUGGGAUUCCCCCUCAUUUUGAACACCAUGGUUCCAGAAGUCUGCAAGCCUUUUAACAACCAAGUGAACUCAUGUAACUCAACAAUCCAUCAGCGUGGUCUUCAACACUUCCAUUGUGGCCAACCUUGUUAAGUACAAGUUCCUCGUGUGUCAUGAAGAAGGCUGACGUGGUUUACUACUGAAGACGACUAAUGUGGACUCUGGCUGAUGAAAUCACAGCUCUGUGUGUGUGUGUGUGUGUUUAAAACUGGAACAUUUUUGAAAAUGUUAGCCCUCUGUUUCUCUGCUCAUUUCCCUUUGGAAUGUAUAUAUACAGCUCGUCAUGGUUUAUGGGGACCACUUUACUAAUUUUGCGCUGUGUGCUCUACACAGCUCAGAAUUUUAUCAUUUAGAUUGUUUCUUAGCUUACUUUUUUGUAUUUUGCUCUUUAAAUAAUAAAAAGUGCCCAACCUUA